AAAUGGGCAAGUUUAUGAAACCCGGGAAGGUGGUGCUGGUCCUGGCCGGACGCUACUCCGGACGCAAAGCCGUCAUCGUGAAGAACAUUGAUGAUGGCACCUCGGACCGCCCCUACAGCCAUGCUCUGGUGGCUGGAAUUGACCGCUACCCCCGAAAAGUCACAGCUGCCAUGGGCAAGAAGAAAAUUGCCAAGAGGUCAAAGAUCAAGUCUUUUGUGAAAGUUUAUAACUACAAUCACCUCAUGCCCACAAGGUACUCUGUGGAUAUCCCCUUGGACAAAACUGUUGUCAACAAGGACGUUUUCAGAGACCCUGCUCUAAAACGCAAGGCCCGGCGGGAGGCCAAAGUCAAGUUUGAAGAGAGAUACAAGACCGGCAAGAACAAAUGGUUCUUCCAGAAGCUGCGGUUUUAGAUAUAUUUUGUUUCUGUCAUUAAAAAUCCAAAAAAAAAAAUCCGUGUCUGCCUGUUGCAUGUAUUAUUUAUUCAUCUGGGAAAGGAGAAUGGUCGAAAGAUAAAAGGCUGGUGGAUGAGGGGCUGUGGAAAAAAUAUAAAACUUAAAUCUGCCUUUGGGAGACUUGAGCUAGUUCUCAGCUUGAUAAUCUUUAAUGAACCACUUCCCAAAAGGGCUACUGUUGACAUUUUUAGGUGCAGUUUUUUGGCAUCCCUGACUUCAGCUCUUUACGUCCUUAGAGAACCUGCCCGCCCACCCACCGCCAGAGGACAACCAAACGCCCCUCUGAGUGAUGUCCGCUGACUUUCAGAUUGAGAACUAACCUGAGGUUCUCACAUCUUGGCAUUGGUGGUUUGUCAAACCAGUCACCCUAUGGGUCAGAUUUAGUUGGUAAGAAUUUCUAGCGAGCUGUCUGGUGAUACUGGUGCUCCUCCAAUGAGGACCACGCUGGAGGGGGCCAGGCCAAGAGCAGCCAUUUCUAGUGGGACCAGGGAGAGGUCCCCUAACAGCCUGGGCUAGCAGCGACUGGCCAAUAAAAGGGUGUGCCCAGCAGGUGUUGCUCAGUGGUUGAGCAUCGAUCUAUGAAUCGGGUGGUCAGGGCACAUGCCAGGGUUGCAGGCUCAAUCCCCAGUAGGAGAUGUACCGGAGGCAGCCAAUCCAUGAUUCUCAUCAUUUCCCUCUCCCUCUGAAAUCAGUUUUAAUUUUUUUUUUAAGGGUGUGAUUCUCGAGGGCUUGGGAUACUUGUGACCCUGUUAGGAAUGAGAGGCUCUCCAGCUGAGCUGGUUCUCAGUCACGGUGAAACUAGGAUCCAGAGACCUACCUAUUCGCCAAGCCUGAGGCACACUUCCACCUGGGGUGGGGUUGUGAGAAGGGCUCAUAAGUUACUGGUAUAAAAAUCCUGGACUAGAUGAAAAUACAGUGUUUUAUGUACUUUAGUUUGGCUCCUCUCACCUUUAAGUAUUGGGCAUCUCUAUUGAAACCCUCCUGUUAGCUUGUACUCGAGUCCCAAGUGGAAAUGAGUUUAAACCCUGCUUUGAUUAAAAAUACAAGUUCUCAUGCCUCAAAGCCCAAGUUCAAACUGUCCAAGUUUGGAUACAUGCUUCACCUCCUACAAUGUGACAUUGGGCAAGUUUAUGUCCUUCAGAAGUUUAGGAUCUCAUCUGUAAAAUCUGGAAAGAACUAAGGGGUUGUUUUGAAGAUUGAGUUUCAUGCAAAACAGAACCAGUAUUGGACACAGCAGUGCUCAAUAAAUGCUGUGGUAACAACUUUGUGAACUUGGA